AUCUGCUUUCCUGAGAAUAUUUUCAUCAUACGUGGAAAUCAUGAGGAAGAAAGUUUAAAUCAGCUAUACUCGUUCAUCAGUGAGGUCCAGCUCAAGUUUGAUGGUGAACAAAUAUUCAAAAUACAUGACAUUUCAAAUCUUACGGGUAGAAAUAUUCUAGCUAAGACAACGUCAUUUUCACAGUUGAGCCCCGGUCCCAUGUACAAGCAUUUCAAGGAGGUUUUUAUUAACUUACCGCUUGCAUGCUUGAUAGGCGGCGAUAUUCUCGCUAUGCACGGCGGUAUCAGUCCCAUGCUAACAAGUCUUAAGGACAUACAAAAUAUAGAACGACCUAUCGAAGAGUUUGUCAAAGGAACGCUAGCCUGCGAUCUGGUCUGGUCAGAUCCAGACACAGACAAUUACGUCAAGAAAUAUGAACCAAAUUUUGAAAGAGAAACAACUAUGGGUAUCGGUCAACUUUUCUCUAAGUCUGCCGUUAAAGAGACAUGCGAACGUUUAGGAGUAAAAAUGAUUAUUCGAGGGCAUCAGGCACCCUUACAUGGCUAUGCAACUUGGGCCAAUGGUCGCCUGAUAACGCUAUUCUCUGCUCCGGCAUAUAAGGGAAGCACAGAAGAUACCGUCAACAUGGGUGCGUGCAUUCAAGCUGCAGAAACAGGAAAACUUACAAUAAAGCAGCUCAAAGUAAGCGAAACGCUUCGCAAAAAACGAAGUGACGAUGCGUAUUCCAGACAGAUUACAAGAGAUAGCUUAGCAAGUGAUUAUCUAAGUGGUUUUCACGGUUUACCUCUUUCAAAUGCUCGUCAUCUAAUAAUCAGUAAUAACGCCCAUAAUUACAACUAUUGA